CCCGCCGUGAGCCCGGCCGGGCCGCAGGGCGUUAGGGCCCAGGUGGCGCCCGGUGGCCUCGACGCCCAUGUGCGUCGUUUGCUUCGUGAAGGCGCUGGUGCACGUGUUCAAAAUCUACCUGACCGCCAACUACACCUACAACUUCCGCGACUGGCCGGUGGACUUCCGCUGGGACGACGUGUGCGCCGCCGCCGGGGGUGGCAGCGGUCACGGCGCGCUGACGUGCGCGGCGGCCGCGGCGGGCGUGUGGCUCCUGCGUGGCGCGGCGCUGGGCGGGGAUGCGCCCGGGCGACCGUCGCGCGGGGCGCGCAGCCAGGCGCAAUGCCUCCUGCAGCAGAUCCGCGAGCUGCCCGGCCAGCUGGCCAGCUACGCGCUGGCCCACUCGCUGGGCCGCUGGCUCGUGUACCCCGGCUCCAUGUUCCUGAUGACACGCGCGCUGCUGCCGCUGCUGCAGCAGGGCCAGGAGCGCCUGGUGGAGCGCUACGGCGGCCGGCGCGCCAAGCUGGUGGCCUGCGAUGGCAACGAGAUCGACACGAUGUUCAUGGACCGCCGCCAAUGUCCGGGCGGCCAGGGCCGCGGCCUGCGCCUCGUCAUCUGCUGCGAAGGCAACGCAGGCUUCUACGAGAUGGGCUGCCUCGCGGCACCGCUGGAGGCCGGCUACUCGGUGCUGGGCUGGAACCACCCGGGCUUCGGGGGCAGCACGGGCGCGCCGUUCCCUCAGCAUGAUGCUAACGCCAUGGACGUGGUGGUCAAGUACGCGCUGCACCGCCUGCACUUCCCACCCGCGCACGUGGUGGUCUAUGGCUGGUCUAUCGGCGGCUUCACAGCCACCUGGGCCACGAUGACGUACCCGGAGCUGGGCGCGCUGGUGCUGGACGCCACCUUCGACGACCUCGUGCCACUGGCGCUGAAGGUCAUGCCGCACUGCUGGAAGGGGCUGGUGGUGCGCACCGUGCGCGAGCACUUCAACCUCAACGUGGCGGAGCAGCUGUGUCGCUACCCCGGGCCGGUGCUGCUGCUCCGGCGCACGCAGGACGACGUGGUCAGCACCUCGGGCCACCUGCGCCCCCUGCCGUCCGGCGACGUGGAGGGCAACCGCGGCAACGAGCUGCUCCUGCGUCUGCUGCAGCACCGCUACCCCGCCGUGAUGGCGCGCGAGGGCCGCGCCGUCGUGACCCGCUGGCUGCGUGCCAGCAGCCUGGCGCAGGAGGCCGCCUUCUACACGCGCCACCACGUGGAUGACGAGUGGUGCCUGGCCCUGCUGCGCUCCUACCGCACGCGCUGCCAGGACCGGCAGGAGGACGAGGAGGCCUGGGGGCCCCACGGGCUCGCCUUCCCCUGGCUGGUGGGCCAGGGCCUGAGCCCUCGGCGGCGCCGGCAGCUCGCGCUGUUCCUGGCGCGCAAACACCUCAAGAACGUGGAGGCGACUCACUACAGCCGGCUGGAACCAGAGGACUUCCAGUUGCCCUGGAGGCUGUAGACCUAACUGCGGGUCGGUCUCCCCCCGCCCCCCCACUCCCGCUCCCGCCCCCACUCCAAAUCAGUAAAGCUGGCCCUGCCUGGGGAUCCCGACCUGGGGUCUAGGGGAGGGUGGGGCAGGACAUAGGGACCUGGUGCUCUCCUUAAGUGGGGCGUCCCCUUCCCUUCUUUCUCUUCCCUCCAACACUUGCAGACGUCCCCGUCUGCUCCCAGCUCCUACAGGGAAGGCAAAGAUUAACCUGACCCAGUUUAUGGCAAUGCUGUGUCAUGGGUGCCUUGACCACCUCAAAAGGAUGGUGGGAACACCGGCUGUGGGUCUCCAGGAGGUGUCCUUCACCUGACCUAGGUGGCAGGAUGGCUUCAGGAGAGAUGAGUGCUGAAGGGUCUGUGCAAGUCACCCCUAACUGGGAAAGGACACUGGCUCUGGAGGGUUAUAAAGGUCUUAGCAGCUGGGCCUCCUCGGGAGUGUGAUGCUACUGAUGCUUCAUAGGGUUCCCUCCACACACUCCAUGGCUAAUUUUUUUUUUUUUUUUGUCUUUUAGGGUCCCACUGGCGGCAUAUGGAGGUUCCCAGGCUAGGGGUUGAAU